AUGUAUCCAUCGUUCAGCCAAAAACAGGGCCUAGUCCUGGCAAUUUCCCUUUGUCUAGUCGUAUUAUUGUACAUUUCCACUCGGGAACCACAACUAUCCGAGUUUUACACUGUUGAAAGCACAACUUUCGACGAUCCGUUGGGCAAUUCACGACAAAAGUUGAAAGUCUCGCAUGCGUUCAUCAAUUCCGUCUACUUUUAUCCAAAGUCUAAAUCGUGAGUUUUCAAUAUACUUGUCACAUUGCUGAAACUGCUCAGGUAAUUUUCGGCAAGGAUGGGGCGCGCAAGCGGCAAGCGAACAGCAAGUUGCUACGGUAGCAUGGGGUGAGCAUGUGUCACGCACGGAUCCGGCAUGGCAUCAGCAUGGAUAGGGCGUGCAACAGAAAAGAGUGGGAUGGGAGGGAAGCAAGGUUUUUGAGCGGCACGGGAGCAGCAACGGUAGCAGGGUUGUGGCAAGGAAGUAGCAAGGGUUGAGCGCGUAGCAGGCACGGAAUCGGCACCCUUACAGCAAUUUGCCGCGGAAAACGGCACAGAUACCGCUUCCAGUCGGCACUCAUGCCGAUUCAUGCGGCAACUUGCCGAAAAUUACCUGAGUGUCUCUUCAAGACUCGGUCCCAACGCGGUGGCCUUCACAAUGGCCAUCGACCAGAGGAGCCACAGUAUGCGCAACCACACGUUCACCGUAAUCGGAUCCAACUCGACCGACACACACGCAUCCGUUGCCACGUCACAAGCCGAAGGAAUCGGAAGUUGUCGCUACACGACACUCAUGGCCCGCACGAAUACGGUGGAGAAUAUGAACAAGUUGGAGAUCGAGUCGAAUGGAGUGAGGGUUGAGGUGAGUUCUGAACGAUUGACACUUUCGCCACAGUUUCAAGUCGGCCUUAACUCUUCACAUUACAACUUUUAGCAGUGCCUCUUUUGUUGGGGUUACAGAUUCCGUUCAAAGUGGCUCGGUACACGGCUCCGUCGCCGGUCAUCAUCUGCAUUUCGCCGCAAUUCGUCGCCGAACAAUGGCAGAUGUUUCUGAUGCACGUACAUGCCGCACAUCGGUACGUUUCACUUCUUAUUACGAGAAAAAGUGUUUAGUGAUUCUGAGGAAAAAGUUUGACCGGAUAUUGUAGUUUUGAAACGGUCAUCACUGAAAACAAAAAGAGAAAAGCAGCCAGUUUCAGAAACUCGACAAAAACGCACAUUUUCAUUGCAUUUCAUUGCAUUUCAAAAAGUUUGCCAGGAUAUUGUAGUUUUGAAACGGUCACUUAAAACAUGGAGAGAAAAGUAGCAGAAAACCACUGUUUCAUUGACUUUUCAAAGACAUUUUUUAAUUUUUUUUAUGUGGCGGAUCGGCCGUGUGUAAGUAAUACUGUAUGACUUCACAGUUUCAGAGACUCGACAAAAACGCACAUUUAUUCAUUGCAUCUUUCAUUUCAUUGACCACUCCAGUUUUGCAGAUUCGGAGGACACCUGCACGUGUACGUCACCUCGAUGAUCGCUGCGUACUUUGAACUGAUGAAAGAGUACGAACGACAGGGAUACAUGACACUCGACUUCUGGCUCCGAAUGAAGUUCACACACUCGCAAACCGCCUACUUUGAGCCGAACGCCAACGUGGAGUGGAGAAAUCAGGCGAGCGCCGAGACCGAUUGUCUUUUACAGUAUAAGGUUGGUAGCACAUUCGGAAGAGUUGUGGAUGUGUGUUUAGGAGGCGGCAGAGUACAUUGCAUUCUUCGACAUGGACGAUAUUUUGUUCCCCAAGAACUAUCCGACCUAUUUGGAAGAGUUCAAUGCGGUACUGGCAGCAAAUCCAGGAGCGACGUACCUGUUCUACGGAAGAAGGGAACAUGAAUUCAUUAAAGGUUUGCCCUGGCAAUGCAAAAAGUCCCAUUCACCCUCAUUUUCAGCCGAAACCCUUCCCGAGUUCAGUUUCACCGAACUCGUCGAAAGUCUCAAAUCGUCGAGGGUUGUGAAGCGAGGAAAAGUGGUGGUGAGACCGGAGGCCUACAAUUCCACGUGGAUUCACUAUAGCAAACAUGUCAGUUUCGAGAAGAGGUUUGAAUUCAAGAGAAUUUGUGCGUGAGGAAUCAUUCAGAGUGAAUGUCACAUCUCCGACACUUGUACACGUUCAACUGCCAAUCGAUAAGCAUGGCAAUAGGAGCAGUUCAAGGAAUUUGUGGAAGAUUCAGUUUGGAACGUUGAAUGAAACGAUUCGAGACGACGAUGUCAGGGCGAUUGAGAAGGAUGUGAACAGGUAGGGACACAGCGUUUUGACAAAUUCAAUCACUUACCAUUUUCCAUGUUCCAGAAUAAAGUCGCUCACAAACGUGGCCUCCAUCGCCCACUACCUACCCUCCAAAGACUUUUAUCUUCCGAUCGUCUUCAAGUGCUACUACGACGCGUUCUACGGCCCGGCAUUCGUCGAAAAAACCGGUGUGCGAGGGUGUCCGAACGCGGAUUUUUGUGAACUUCCGCAAAGGGAGGAGUACAAGUGCGUGCACUCGAAUGCCCAAUACUUUUCGGGACCUCACAUGGAACCAGUCACCUAUCAUUUCACCCAGGAUUCGCAUUGGUCUCGCGCGAUUGGAUGUUAUCAAUAG